GUAAUUUCUUCUUUUCUUUCUUUUCUCUCCUUCAAACCCCACCCUUUCGGCACACACACACACACACACUCUCUCUCUCUCACAUCAUACGGACAUCAUAUAUACGCGAUAUUUACCAAACACCAUUACUAUUACUAUCACUACUAUGGUUUCCACCGAAGACGCAAUGAACAAACAACAGCCACCUCAGGCAUUAUUUCUCAAUUUCACUACCGACUUGUCACCACAAACGCCAAAGAAGAAAACCAAAAAACGGCAGACUUCAUAUCGUGUGAAUGGCGUCAAUAUACUCAACAGAAAUGAGGUGGAUAGCAAGACAGCCAUUGAACGCAUUCAACGGCGCCGGGAAAACCAUAACCAUAUUGAGCGGAAACGACGGGAUAAUAUCAACAACACGAUCCUCCAGAUCUCUGAAGUCGUUCCCAAUGCUUCUCAGCAGCCGGGACAACGGCCUAACAAAGGCCGGGUACUUCAGUUAGCACUUGCUUACAUACAGGCACUUCAACAUGAAAAUCAACAACUCAAAACCAACAACAGCAACAAUAAUAGCGACGAUGACGAUGCUAUUAUGCGAUGACAAUUUCUGUCUUGUUUUGACAACAAUAACAACAACAACAACAACAACAUAACCAUCAUCCUCAUCAUUUCAUCUUCAUUUCCCUCCUCAUGUACAG